GUCGUUUGAAUUAUUGUAAUUCAAAUAUUUUUAUAAUUUAAAUAUCGUUGUAUUAAAUGAUUUGAUUUAAUAAAUGCCAAAAAAUAUAUGCAACAGUGAUAAAAAUAUCAGAGUUGUCUUUGAAUGUGUGGAUUCCUAGAUGCGAAAAUAUGAGCUAAUUCCUUCGAAAGGGAAAGUUGUUCAAUAGGUUUUGUUGACAAAACAAAAUUAUCAGGACCGAAGAUCUCUAUGUUAAAAGAGGAGUAAACCUUGACCCACGAUGCUGUAGUCAGUUUGCCGGUUACGAACAGGUUACUUUUUUCUGAGUCAGCUAAAGUGGAAAGUAGAAAUGAGAAUAUAUAAACAAACCACCCGAAUCAUGCUCCCAUUUUAGAAAUAAACUCAGAAAAGUACAGUUGUGGUGAAAGUGUUGCAUAAAAAAAAAGGGAAAAAAACAAACAAAAGCAAUAACAUAACUGAAAACUUACAAUCAGCAAAACGAAAAAAAAAAAAAAAAUUNACAAAAAAAAAAAAAAAAUACGAGAUUGAAUGAACGCAUAGCAUUCUGACGUCACUACUACGUCAAGACGAUCUGGCCAUUCGAUUGGCUUGAGACAAGGUUCCGGCUCGCCAAAUAUGGAAGUGCUCACGGAAGCGGCCUUCAUUCAGAACCGCUGUGUAUAAAGAGUACAGGUUGAAUGAUUCUACGCGCAUUUGACGUCGCGCGCUCGGACUUGAUGGUGAUAUGAGACAGUGAAGUCGAAAAGUGUCAUCAAAACAAAUCUAUAGUCAUUACUCUUACUUAAUACCAGUGUUUGGCCUUGAAUUAGUUUAUUUUUGUUUAUAUUUACCAAUCAGGACACAGUGUCCGACUCUCAGCAACCAGUGACUUCGGACACGGGGUCCAGUAUGAUUAUGGACACUCUGUCAUCAGUGCUCGCGGGGGUGCCCUUGGACACUGGGCCCAGUACCUUCAGCCUCAGUUUUGAUACUUUCAAACUUGGGGGUGAUGUGGACGAUGGCUCAAAACCCCUCGCUCCCCAGCAUCCGUAUCCCACAGUGGACGUUCGACUUGUGAAUCCAACAGUCCGAAUCAAAAAAGAAGACCAAGAGGAAGGGAUGGAAGAAGAUGAUACCUUAAAUACUCCUGUGUCGACUAGUGCCGAUGUUAGUACUUUCUUCUGUACGGAUACCACAAUUUCGGACCCUGUACCUAUAACAGACAUGUUUGACACCGAUUCGUGCCAAAGCCUACGAAGCUGUGAUGCCCUGCUCGAGUCAUAUAGAAUGAUCUGGAACACUGCUGAAGCUUCUGAUCCUCUAAAUGACAGGACAGAAUGUGUGGCAACUAUGUUCCCCGGAAGUCACGGCGGCUCACCCCGCUUCACCUACCGGGGCAGCUUCACCACAUCUACCACCCCAGUCACAUCGGCUUGCUCAUCGUCGGCGUCUGGACUAUCUCCAUCUGACUGGCUCCACAGUCCAACAUCUUCAGAUAAUCUCACACCCCUCAUUAACAUCAUGGGUGGAACGUCCACCCCGACAGCCACACCGACACCUCCACCUUCCUCAGUCACACCUCCUCACCAUCAUCACCAACAGCAAGCUGAACAGUCAUACGGUGACCGAAGUCACCAGGAUCAGCAACAGUCUUUUCUAUCCAGUCCUUCAUCACACCAACAAGAGCUUCUGGAGUUCGCAGUCUCGCAGCAACAGUUCGAUCCCGUGUCGUUCACGCUGAAGCAACAGUCACCAUCUUACUCCACGUCUUCUUCUACCCCCACUGCAACAGAUCUAAUCGGAGUGUCUCCCGAUGACAUUGUUUACUCAACGUCCUCACCUUCUACGUCGUCAACCCAUGUCGAUAAAUAUCUGUGGACAACGUCUGCUGACUUUACCACAACUACCCUGCAGUUGGCUCCAGGUUCCAUCCUGGUGCCCAAGAUGGAACCCUUGGCUGAAGAAGCUGCCACAGCAACGUGUGCAUCAGCAGGAAAUACUGGUAUGCUACUGACUAGUCCACAGACAUCUGCUUCCCUGGCUGAAUAUAAUCAGAGCACUAGUAAAGGUCAUGAAAUUCUUAGUCAAGCCUAUCAGUGCAGUACUGUUCCCUUGAAGCUGUUACCGGUGAAACCUCGAAAAUACCCCAACCGUCCCUCCAAGACGCCCCUGCAUGAGCGUCCAUACGCCUGCCCCAUCGAUAGUUGCGACCGAAGGUUCUCGCGGAGUGAUGAACUCACCCGACAUAUACGAAUACACACAGGACAAAAACCAUUUCAGUGUAAAAUCUGCAUGCGGUCAUUCAGUCGGUCAGACCAUCUCACCACGCACAUACGCACCCAUACUGGCGAGAAACCAUUCACUUGUGAGACCUGCGGUCGCAAGUUCGCCCGGAGCGAUGAAAAGAAAAGACACGCUAAGGUGCAUUUGAAACAGAGGUCAAAGCGUCAGCAACAGCAGCAAUCGUCGUCCACAACGUCGGCAUCGACGUCCACGACGACGCUUUCCUCCACUGUGUCCUCUCUGCAACAGCAGGAGCAACAUCAGGGUGGUUUGUUAUUGCUUGACAUUCCGUCGUCUUCAGUUGCCACUAGUCUACUCACUGGACAGCUUACAGCUCCAGUUGUGACCACAACUGCAGCACUCAGAUGAUUGUGAUGACUGUUCUUUUAUAGGGAGAGUUGACCUCCCGGUUGUCGUCAUUUCGAACCAAGCUCAACCUCCUUUUUUUCCUCUAAAAGAGACUUCAAAGUCUUUGUGAUAUCUUAACUGCACUUAAUGUCUUGUACCAUCGCCCAUAUUUUAAUAGCUCUCUCUAUCUCUCUCUCUCUAUUUUUCUCCUCGUGAAUUUUAUUAUAAGAAUAGUCAACGAAUCUUUUAGUUUAUAACAAUACCCUUGAUUGACGAUAUUAAAUUUUCUAAUCUCUCUAUAUAUGUCAAAAACAUUCAAAUGAAACGUAAUUACUGUAUAAAUUUUUUUUUAUCUAGUCUAUAUCCUUGCAUUUCAGCAAAAAUUCUAAUUCCUUGUAUGAAACUAAGUUUCUUUAAAAAAAAUUACAUUACAGAAUAUAAUUAAGUUGUUGCAUAUAUUUUGCCUAUAGUACGUUCACGGAAAUGAUAGACCUAAAGUAAGCAAAUAAGUUGCCAAAAUCUUGAUCAUAUUUGCCACUUUUUGAGAUUUUCUCAGCAUUUUUUAUUUUUACAGAAUUGUGCUAAAAAUAAAUUACAGAGGGGUAUAAUUUUUGUUAUAAAUGCAUGAUUGAUUCAGAAUACAAUUAAACUACAUUUAUAAUUAACUAAAUAAAAGUUAACUAAAGCACUAUAAAAUAAAAUAAAAAUUGAAUUAAAGCACUUAAAUUUAAUUAUAUACUCUUAAACGUUUCAGUUAUAUUUAUGUGAUUUAAUGGUCUUAUUAUAAACAAAAACUAUCAAUUUAUAUGCAACAACAUGAUUAUUUUUAGAGAAAAAUUUUAAGAUUAAAAAAAGCUGAUUAUUUUGUUAUUUUUUCUUUUUAAUAACG